AUGGCUCAGUGUAAAAGACCGAUUGGAGUGCACUUAUAUCCAACAAAUAACUGUUGUAAUGCCCCCCCUCCUAACCAUGUCUCUCUUGGCGUUUCCCCCCACAGUUGGGCGACUGGAGACUGGGGUGCCUGCAGUCGCUCAUGUGGAGGAGGUCAGCAGACCAGGGCGCUGCGCUGCCUGAGGAAAGUGACCUAUCAGAGGGAGGAGGGGGUGGUGCACUCCCUCUGCCCCGUCAUCUCCCCUGCCCAGGUCCAGCCCUGCCACACCCAGGCCUGCCCCCCCGAGUGGAGCACCGGGUCCUGGUCACAGUGCUCAAAGACCUGUGGCCGGGGCCUGAGGAAGCGGACCGUGUUCUGCCGCAGCACUGAUCCCGGGGCGAAAGCGGUGGUGGUGCCUGACAGCAUGUGCAGACAGCACCACAGACCCAAACCCCAGGAGACCUGCGUCCUGCGCCGCUGCCCCAAGAACGAGAGGCUGCAGUGGCUCCCGACUCAAUGGGGAGAGUGCUCCAGGUCUUGUGGCUCAGGCACCCAGAAGAGAGAGCUUCGCUGCGGGGAAAGAGACUCACAGGGAGGGUAUGUGGAGUUCCCCAUACGGAGGUGCAGAAACAUGGCCAAACCCCUAGUGGAUCUCCAGCAGGGCUGCAACCGAGGCCCCUGCCCGGAGGUCCCUCGGGUGAUCGCCGGCAGGAGUGGCCCUGUGGUCCUCGGCUGGUACUCCUCUCCCUGGCAACAGUGUUCUGUUUCCUGUGGCGGGGGGGUCCAGACCCGGUCCAUCCAGUGUCUCCGGCAGGGCCGUCCCGCAGCCGGCUGCCUGCCCCACCAGAGGCCUGUCACUUCCAGGGCGUGCAACACACACUUCUGCCCCGCUGCUCUCCCCGCUACGGCACAGCGCCCAAGCCGGGUGGCAGCUGCUGGACCAGCACUGAAAGGUAAAUGCCUCUGA